AUGUCGCUCUGCAUAGUAAGCAUCUCCGACAAGCAUCCAGAGAGAACUGUUCGUAUCGGAGCCCAACUCUCCCUUGAGAUAGCGGCUGAACUCACCCAGUUUCUCAAGGAGAACGCUGUAGUCUUUGCAUGGUCGUACGCCGACAUGCCAGGAAUCUCUCCCAACAUAAUUCAACAUAAGCUCAGCAUCAAGCCAUCCUUUUACCCCGUCAAGCAGAAGCGACAAGCAUUUGAUGAAGAAAGAUAUCGGGAAGAAGUAACCAAGUUGCGAGACAUAGACUUCAUUCGUCAGGUUCAUUAUCCACAAUGGAUCUCCAACAUGAAUGCCGGAGCCACAUAUCAACGAUUGAUGAACGCAAUGUUUGCGGAACAAUUGGGUAAGAUCAUUGAGGUAUAUGUCGACGACAUGCUUGUCAAAAGCGUGAAAGCUGGCGGUCAUGUGGCCAACCUCCGCAUCAUCUUAGCUAUACUACUAGCAUAUGGAAUGCGCCUGAAUCCAGAAAAAUGUUUCUUUGGCGUAACCGCUAGCAAAUUCCUUGGAUAUAUAGUUAGUGAACGGGGAAUAGAGGCUAACCCCAACAAAGUGCAGGCAGUCAUAAACAUGAAGUCUCCGGAAAAGAAAGUUGAGGUACAAAGUCUGCAGGGAAAGUUAACGGCUCUUUCUCGGUUCAUCUCCAGGUUAACCGACAAGUGCUUACCCUUCUUCAAGGCAAUGAAGAGGUCCCAUUGCAAAGUGGUCGAUUGGACGCCUGAUUGUGAAGUGGCGUUUCAGAACCUCAAAGAAUACUUAGCCUCCGUCCCGCUACUGUCAACUCCGGUAUGUGGCGAAAUACUAUACAUCUACCUGGUAGUAUCCAAGUCUGCCAUCAGCUGUGCGAUUGUCCACAGGGAGGCAACCGAACACUCGGGACGCCUUAGCAAAUGGGCAAUAGAACUCAGCGAGUUGUACAUCGAUUACAAGAGAAGAACCGCCAUCAGGGGACAAGCUGUUAUUGAUUUCAUAGCAGAAUUAACAGAGUCACAACCGGAGCACACCACCGAUGUAGUAUCGGAGGACAUCAUCCAGCACCCUGAAGCCAAUCAGACGAGGACACAGUCGCGGUGGAAUCUCUAUGUAGAUGGUUCUGCGUGCUCCAAGGCUUGUGGCGCCGCUAUAAUCCUCGCAGGGCCAGGGGGACUUAACGUAGAGUACGCCCUAAAGUUUGACUUCAAGGCCUCCAACAAUAUGGAGGAGUACCAGGCACUUAUUGACAGGGUUAAAGACAAACAACUGGCGGCAUACCUGGGAUACGCCAAGACCUUGCUUAGCAAGUUCAGUUUUUUCAACAUCACGCAAAUACCCUGCGAAAAGAAUGCAAAAGCCGACUCCCUGGCACACCUAGCAACUGCUCAACCACAUCAAAGUCCCGCCUACACUAGGGUGGAGACCAUUGAUAAGUCCAACAUCACUAAAACUCUGGCGGAAAUUUACACCAUCGAUGUAAGCCCCAAUUGGAUGGAUGAAAUACUCAACUACAAAUGUGACAGCACACUGCCAUUUGACAAAGUCGAAGCAAGGCGACUGGCAAGAAGGGCAACACGUUACAACAUUCAAAAUGGCAAGCUUUACCGCCAAGGCAAAUGGAUCGAGGCUGAACCAUUAACGGCCAUCACCACCGUUAAAGUUCAGCAUUUCCUAUGGAAAAAUAUCUACUGUCGUUAUGGAGUGCCCGACACCAUCAUCACUGAUAACGGAACACAAUUCAACAACGAAGAACUCAUCAACUUCACCGCCAAACUAGGCACCAAGAUGCGUUUCACUUCGGUGGCACACCUCCAGACCAAUGGUCAGGUUGAAUCGGCCAACAAAAUCCUCAAGAAGCUGCUAAAAAAGAAAUUGGAGGACAAGAAGGGCUUAUGGGCUGAAAAAAUCCCGGAAGUUCUUUGGGCCAUCCGAACAACACCAACAUCCGCUAAUGGCGAAACCCCAUUCUGCAUGAUGUUUGGCACAGAAGCAGUCCUCCCUAUUGAGGUCACCGAACCAACAACUAGGAUCGACGGAUACGACGCCACAACGAACGUUGACGGCGUCAAUCUGGGCAAGGACUUAUUGGAGGAAAAAUGA